CCAUGAUUGAUUAAAGAUCCCAUUGUCGACCAGUUACCAUAAUUUCCUUGCUAUGGAGUGGGAGAGAUAGAGAAAUGAUUGAGAAGAAGGCAAAGGCAACCAUAGUAGGAGGGAGUAUAGCUGGGGUGUCAUGCGCCCAUGCGCUCACUUCAGGAGGAUGGGAAGUUGUGGUGCUUGAGAAAACUAGCGCACCCCCAACGGGAAGCCCGACUGGGGCUGGAGUGGGUCUUGACCCUUCGGCUCAACAGCUCAUUGGUUCCUGGCUUGGCCAUCCCCAGCUCCUCCAGCAGGCCACCUUGCCCCUCACGAUCGAACAGAACCAAGCAACAGGUAGUGCCACAAAGUUGAGUCGGACAUUAACAAGAGAUGAGGAAUUCAAUUUUAGAGCAGCACAUUGGGCUGAUCUCCAUGGCCUUUUAUACAAUGCAUUGCCAGCAGAUAUAUUCUCCUGGGUUCACCAAUUUAUCUCUUUCAGCAUUUCUGACGACAAAGCCUCCGUCAAAGUUAAGGCUAAAGUAAUUCAAAACGACGAGAUCAUUGAGAUAGAUGGCAAUUUACUUGUUGCAGCAGAUGGGUGCCACUCUUUAAUCCGCCAGAAUUUUCUCCCAGACCUUAAAUUGAGGUAUUCAGGUUACUGUGCAUGGAGGAGGGUUCUUGAUUUUUCUGGAAAAGAGGAUGCAGAAACCAUUAAAGGCAUCCGGAAAGCAUACCCCAAUCUUGGGAAAUGCUUGUACUUUGACCUUAGCUCUGGAACUCAUACUGUGCUUUGUGAAAUUCCAAAGAAAAGGCUCAAUUGGAUAUUUUUUGUCAAUCAACCUGAGCCUGAGAUAAAGGGAAAUUCGGUUACUAUGAAAGUAAGUGAAGACAUGAUCAAUGAGAUGAUCCAAGAAGCAGAGAAACUUUGGGUUCCAGAGUUUGUGAGAAUCGUGAAGGAGACCAAGAAUCCUUUCUUAAAUGUCAUUUAUGAUUGUGACCCUCUAAGACAGAUCUUUUGGGACAAUGUAGUGUCGAUUGGAGAUGCUGCUCACCCAACAACUCCUCAUGGCGUGAGAAGCACAAACAUGUCAAUUAUAGAUGCAGCAAUUCUAGGCAAGUGCCUUGAGAAGUGGGGAGUUGAAAAUUUACAAUCAGCUCUGGAAGAGUAUCAGUCCAUCAGGCUACCUGUUACCUCUGAACAAGUGCUGUACUCACGGUAGUUGGGUCGAAUUAAACAAGGCUUAGAUCUUCCUAAUCGUGAGUCAUUUGAUCCGAAGAAUUCAACUCCAGAGG